CACCGGUACACAGCCGCCUGAAUGAAAUCAAUAGGGCGUUGCUAUGGCGCGCUACCAAGCCUAUUGUUUACGUAGCAUACACGCGCGGUCAGCACAGCAAUAACACAGCGAUGUAGCUAGCAGCAUUGCACAGGACACGCACACAGUACACAGAAGAACAUAUUCUAUCGCAAAAAAACUACAAAUUGGAGGAGAUAUAUACUACUUUUUGAUACUUCGGAACUGUAACUAUAAAUAUGGCCGAUCAAGAGCAAGAAGAGGUUAGCCAGCAACAAGAGGGUGAAGAGCAACAAGAACAAGAGGAAGAAGUAAAGGAGGAAGAAAAGGAAGAAGGAAAGGAAGGAGAAAAGGAAGAAGAAAAGGAAGAAAAAGAGGAAAAUACAGAGGAAGGAAGUGAUAAAGAAAGCCCAAGAGCUAAAAGAAACAAAGCUUUCAUUGCUGCAGAAUUCAACAGAGUCAGAGAGAGUUUAGAUGUCGAAAAAACAAGAAUAACAAAGCCUGAAUACAAAGAAUAUUCCCCUUUUAUCUGGACUAGCCUAGAACCAUACCAUAAUACAUAUACUGUCAACUAUCUACUAGAUUAUCCUGAACAUGUCCGUCAUGGUUACAUCACGAGGAAGACGGCCAUUGGAAUCGUGGAUCCUGAAGUAUCACAUAGCAUGGACACAUCAUUAGACGAAGUUCCAAAGUCUUCACCCAGAUCGCCAAGGGAGGAGUAUAUGGUACCAAAGAUCAACCGAGGAGAGAAGGCAAAGGCUGCCAAGGGAAGCACCAGAUUACCUCAUUGGCCGGUCGUCAAGUAUAACAGACCUUCCAUGGCUAAUGAGAAGCAGCUCAAUUGGGGUGAUGUGCCAAAAUUAAGAGAGGACCUGCACACAAAGUACAGCAGCAACGCCCAGGACAGACUCAAAUACGAUUCUAAGCGGACCAAGCACGACUGGUAUCGUAUGGACUUAGCUCAGCUCAAGGACAUCAACGAAGUCAGCCGAAGCCACAUGAAAGUCACCUGCCACGCCUACCUAGGAACCUCAGCGGGUGCCAAGAAAGCCAUCACCUCAUUGGCUAAAGUCUUAGAAUGAUACCUUGAUCGGCCAAUCACACUCGUUGUUAUAUACAAACUCUUUUAAAUCCUGUAAAUAGCUGGCAUAUUUUAUUAAAGGAUUGUAUAUUGAUGUCUCUUCCAAUCAGCUGACCUCCAAGGUGUCUUCAUUUGUCGGAUCUUCUCAUUGGCUGGUGGGUUUCUGACCGACAGAAAUGCACCAAUGAAUAUCACUGUCAUGUAUUGAAAACGAUUGUUUUGUAUUCUUCAGCAAUACAAGGAAGAGAUUGAGGGUAUUGAUGAGACUGAUGCUUUUUAUAGAUGCAAGAAUCAUGUUCACCUAUGCAAAUGUUUCAUUCUACUUGUAUCAUUAUGUAGAGACUAUGCAACUUUUCUCUAUGAGUAGAACAAGAGUUGUAUGGGUAUUCUGUGUUGUCUUCAAUAAGCUAUAAUGUUAUGUUUUCAUUCUCUUUUGUCAUGAAAUUAAGGUAGGUAAGCUAUCUUCAGGGUGAUACAAUCAUCGGGUUGAUUUGUCCAAUGCUUCCAUAAGACAUGGGGUAUACCAUGGAUUAGUCAGGUAACUCCUGGCUGGAAUGCUCCCCAGGGAGUGGAGAUUCUGCACACAUUUUGUGCGGGCAUUGUAUUGAAUCCAAUGACCGGGGUAAUAAUAUAUCUUUAAAGCAGACAUCAAAGAUGUAUUAAGCGCUAUAUAAAAGCAGAAUUAUUAUUAAAAUGGGAU